GUCAAUCAUUUGAUGUCAGCUUUCAAUUCCUUCGGUUUCAUUUUUCAUUUGUGGAAAUUAUACAUUUUCAUAAUUAUCUUUUCGCCGAAAAUAAUAAUUGAACAUUUAUGUCAUAAAUAAUAAGUAGAAAAUAUAUUCCAAUGCCGUUAACAGCCCGACAACGUAGUAUUCAUAAUAAAAAUGGAGCGAAAAGGAGUGCAAGUUUCAAUAAAGGGAAACGAAAAGCGAGCGAAGGAGAGUUCCUCGUAACAAAUGCACCUACUGAUCUACGUAGUAUUACUUACCCUGGCGGUGCAGUGGCAUUGGUUUUGCUACUCACUGCCCGGCUCUUUGCUGCAUAUUGGGGACACAUAUCAGAUUGUGAUGAAACGUACAACUACUGGGAGCCAUUGCAUUAUUUAGUAUAUGGCAGUGGCCUUCAGACAUGGGAGUACAGUCCAGUGUAUGCGAUACGAUCAUACAUGCCACUGUGGCUAUUUGCUGUACCGGCCAAAAUAUUGUCACUGAUGGUGUCGCCAGUUACAGUUUUCUACUCGAUACGUGCCCUCCUUGCAGUGCUCACUGCAUGUGCUGAUCUCAUGUUUUACAAGGCGGUGUGUCACGAGUUCGGGGUGCAAGUGGGGCGCGUGUGGCUAUGUGCGUGGGUACCGGCGGCGGGAGCGUGGGCUUCCAGCGGAGCCCUACUGCCAGCUGCUUGGAGCGGAGCCCUGGUAGCUGCAGCGCUCGCCUGCUGGUGGCGCCGUCGCCUGCCUCCCGCCGUGCUGCUCACUGCAGCCACCACACUGCUCAGUUGGCCAUUCACUGCUCUCCUAGGCGUACCAAUAGCAAUAGACAUGCUGCUCAUCAAGCGUCAGUUUGUGGACUUCUUCAAAUGGUCCAUACUGUCCCUCCUCUUAAUCCUGCUGCCGACCAUCGCUGUGGACUCGUACCAUUACGGUCGACUGGUGAUAGCUCCGUGGAAUAUCGUCGCGUACAAUAUUUUCACUGAGCACGGCCCUGACCUGUACGGAGUGGAGCCGUGGACUUAUUACUUUGUUAAUGGAUUUCUGAAUUUUAACGUGAUAUGGGUGCUUGCUCUCUCAUGCCCUCUCUUACUAUUGGCGUGUACAGCGAUCACGCCGCGGUCGACCGCGCGUGCUUCCUUCUGCGCUCCGUACUGGUUGGAUCUGAUGCCGUUGGUGCUCUGGUUAGGAGUGUUCAUGAUACAGCCGCAUAAAGAAGAGAGAUUCCUUUACCCAGUGUACAGUAUGAUAGUGCUGGCUGGUGCGAUAUCGAUGGACUGUAUACAGAAGAUGACAUUUGCGGUCGGCACGGAGUUGUUCAGGUGGAGGAAGGAGCGAGAGAGACGCCAUUACCUCGCGUACACCGGCCCGCUUAUGGUCAUGUGUGUUGCAUUAGCGGCCGCUGGUGGAAUAUCCCGUAUAACGGCUCUGUACACCAACUACCACGGACCCAUGCGGCUGCUGCGGUCGUUGCCCCCUCCACCGUCUUCCACGAACUCUCCUUACCUGUGCUUCGGUAAGGAUUGGUACCGCUCGCCGUCCAGCUUCCACGCUCCUGGAUACAAUGUGAGAUUCAUACCGAGCGAGUUUACUGGGCAGAUGCCGGCUCCUUAUGCUGACUCGACUAAUGCAACUCGACUCAUUCACCCAUACUUCAACGACCUGAACAAGGGUGACAACCGUACUUAUCUCCGACCGUCGCAGUGCCACUACCUCGUCGACUCGGAUAUCGGGAACCCCACUAGCCUCGAACCUGCGUACCACAAGCAGUCCACGUGGGAGAUAGUAGCCUCAGUACCUAUACUAGACGCGCAGAGGUCGCACAGAAUCUUCAGAGCGUUCUAUGUACCCGUGUUGUCUAGUAAAAAUAACGUAUACGCCAAUUUAUAUUUAUUGAAAAAUAAACUAUUGGUAGGUUGAUUAGAGUACAAUUUCGAUUGAGUAUCAAUAAAUAAAUAUAGGAUAGAUAGAAGCGUUUGUUGGUUGUUCUUGUGGUGAACGUAACACUCGACUUUUUAAUGUAUUUCGUAAAAAAUAUAAACAGUACAGAUCUCUUUAAGUCUGUACAUGUCGUGACUAUAGUUAAAGAAGUCGCUGUAAGAACUCUAGUCAUUAAAUUAAGCAAAUAUAAAGAUAUAUAAUACGAUACAAAGCCAAACAGGAUUUUAAUUAUUUAUUUAUUAAACUUUAUUAUACCAAGAGAGUGUAAAUAGCGGACUUAACACCAUAUGGUGUUAUCUAUCAGUCAAUUGUAGACAGGAAUAACAGAAAAUGUAAUUGACGGCGUAACGUGAUGAACAAUAUUAAAAUAAAACAGUAAUUCAACAAUAAUAUACAUAUAAUACAUUAUAUACAUAUAAGA